UCGAUCCUCGAAUCGUUCUGUCAAUGUGGCUGUCAACAUCACAUGCCUAACCUCAAAACUUCGAUCGAUACAUUUUCAAAAAACUUUUCAUUUAAACCUAAUCAGUGACGUAAAAACUACAUAAAAUGUUAUUAAUUUAACUGCAGUUGACCAUAUAAUGUCAAAUAUCUUCCAUUUCCAGUUAAAAUCAUGCUGCCGCAAAGUGUUAGGUAAUUCUCACAUUCCUAACCUCUUACUUAAGAAACAUGUGUACUUUACACUCCCCGCAGCCACUUACGUCAACAAAUCAGACCGAAAAGCCACCACUAUCGACUUGACGGAAGAUGUGGCCGCAGCGUUCCCCCGCAAACCAACUUUUAUACCUCCAUGGCGCCCCACGCCCUCCACCAACCACACCAACAUCGUGCGGCACUAUCUAAAACUAUCAAAGUUUCGCCUAACUACACUUGUUGUGGUGACGUCAAUGGCGGGCUAUGCAGUGGCCCCUGCACCGUUUGAAAUAGCCCCAUUUCUUAUGUGUACAAUAGGUACAGGGUUACUAUCAGGAGCGGCCAACGCUGUUAACCAAUUUCAUGAAGUGCCAUUUGAUGCACAAAUGUCAAGAACAAAACAUCGGGUUCUAGUGUGUGGAAGACUAACGCAGCUGCACGCGAUGAUGUUUGCAGCAACCACAAGUCUGAGUGGGUUGGCGAUUUUAAACUACGGGGUUAAUAGUUUGACCGCCAGUUUAGGGUUGGCCAAUUUUAUUCUAUACACCUCGAUUUAUACACCCCUCAAGCGCAUUAGUAUUUUAAACACGUGGGUGGGCUCUCUUGUGGGCGCUAUUCCACCGUUGAUGGGUUGGGCCGCCUGCGCCAACUCUCUGGGUCCAGGGGCUUGGCUAAUGGCCGCUAUUUUAUACUCCUGGCAGUUCCCACACUUUAACGCUCUAUCUUGGAAUUUACGUCCUGAUUAUUCAAGAGCUGGGUAUAGAAUGAUGGCUGUUACAAAUCCGGGGUUGUGUCGGAGGGUGGCUUUAAGGCAUACCAUAGCGCUUGAAGCCAUGACGUUAGCGGCCCCAUACUUAGACGUUACCAACUGGUGGUUCGUUUUAGAAGCUACACCUCUUAAUUUAUAUUUUAUUUAUUUAGCAUACAAUUUUUACAAAGAUUCGUCCAGCGAAACGUCGCGGAAGUUGUUCCGAUUUUCGUUAAUUCACUUGCCGUUGUUGAUGAUGCUCUUUUUAAUUAAUAAGAAGAAAUGGUUUGUGUUUGAUGGUGACGACGUGAAAAGUGUAGACAGUAUGCUAGAAAAUGUUUAAAACUGAAAAAUAAAGGAUUUUUCGAACGUG